GCGGCGCUAGGAUUGGCGCCGCGGCUCGGCCCGGAUGUUGUUGUUUCUCCCCCUCCCCGGAUAGUGACGGGCGCUUCCUGCCCCUGAGCCGCAACGACGCCGGCUCAGCCUCGCCUGGGGACCCCGGCCGCCUGCCCGCUCCUUGUCCGGACAUCGGCUCGGCUAUGGCGGAUUUCGACGAGAUCUACGAGGAGGAGGAGGACGAGGAGCGGGCGCUGGAGGAGCAGCUGCUGAAAUACUCGCCCGACCCCGUGGUGGUGCGCGGCUCUGGCCAUGUCACCGUAUUUGGACUGAGCAACAAAUUUGAAGCAGAAUUCCCUUCUUCUUUAACUGGAAAGGUUGCACCUGAGGAAUUUAAAGCCAGCAUCAGCAGAGUUAACAGUUGUCUUAAGAAGAACCUUCCAAUUAAUGUUCGAUGGCUACUUUGUGGCUGCCUUUGUUGCUGCUGUACAUUAGGUUGUAGUAUGUGGCCAGUUAUUUGCCUCAGUAAAAGAACACGAAGAUCGAUUGAGAAGUUAUUAGAAUGGGAAAACAAUAGGUUAUACCACAAGCUGUGCUUGCAUUGGAGACUGAGCAAAAGGAAAUGUGAAACGAAUAACAUGAUGGAAUAUGUCAUUCUGAUAGAAUUUUUACCAAAGACACCGAUUUUUCGACCAGAUUAGCAUUUGCUUUAUUUAUAGAGACUUACCCAAGUAUGUUGUCUUUCCAAUGGUGCCUUGCUUGGUGCUCUCCUGGUGGUGAUAUAGCAUUGGUUCUACAGAUUAUUGUGGUGUUUUUGUUUUUUAAUAACAGCAUGUUCUAAGUGCAUUUUGUCAAAAUUUGCAAAAGUCAUUUCAUACAAAUGUUAAGUACUACUUAAGUUAUUACUUGUACUUAUUAUGUUUGUUAAUGUAUCUUGAUUUUCAGAGAGUCUUUUAUAUGUGUGUGUAUAUAUACAUAACAUAAAUAUACACCUGAAAAUAGCCUACAAGCGAGCAGAUUUUUUUUAACCCAUAAUAACAUAACGAGUUGACUGUAAAUUGUGGAAGUUCUUUUAAUCUUUUACCUGUUUACCUAAGUAACUUCUAUGACCCUCUCCAGAUUUUGCCCGUGACAUUCUAGUUGUAUAUUUUUAUUCCCCUCCCCCUUUUUUGGGGGGUGGGGGGAAUGAAGGGAAUAUCAGCAAGCCACCUCUACUGGGAUAAUAAGCAAUGAUUGUUUGAAACUGUCCAUUUUGGAACCCAUAUGUCAAUGCACCAUUAGAAGUCUCUGUGCUCUUUUGUGAAGAAAUCUAUCAGCUGGUUCUGAAGAAGUUCUACCUUAAAAGCUAAUAAACCAGAAUUCAAAGUAUUUUACUCGGACAAAAAAAUCAUGGAAAGGUUUGCAUGCAUCUAAUGAUUACUAGAGCUCAGGAUCACAAAAAUACAUUAGUAUUGCAACUUGUAAUGUAUAUAUCUUAAUUCAGGUUAAUGCCAUGUAACAGCUUUACUCUUUACUUCUUAUUGUUUACCAGAUCUUGUACACAAGGGUGCAAAAAUAUUUGUUUCAGUAAAUUUAUUGUCCCAAUAAAAUCUUUUUAGGGUUUUUUAGGGUUUUUUUUAAAUGCAUUUAUAACCUCACACAGGCAGUUGUUUGAGAGAAAUCUUGAAAAAUACAGUUCCAGACACAAAUGCAGAUGGAUGCCAUGUAUCACAAAAUUAGUCAAAGCAGGGUACACUGGACAAUAGUGAGAACUUAAGAAAUGUAUUGGAUAAAUAUUUAUUGCACCCUGAUUUCUUCUCAUUUAGGUUUACAAGAUUUAUUUUCUGCACAAAUAUGAUUUUAAAAAAAACCUGGAUAUGUGAUGUAUGCUUGGGUCAGGCCAGUUCUAUUUCAUUCUGUUACUUAUCUCACUUGGUUGUACAUAUCUUCAUAUAUGUUUGUUUUUAAUAGCUACCCAGUAAUCUUAUUUGUUAGUUUGUUCUUUGUAUGUCUGGAUUUACCAUACAUGAACAUUAAUGUAUGCUAAGAAACUGUUCCUCAUACAUCUGUGGUAGCAAGCAAUAAUGUGAAUUACUAUGACAAACAAAUAUACUCUGCUUAAUAUUCGUA